AUGGCCUCCAGGAUCGCAAAUAAAAACAUCCUGCUUAUUGGUGGUACCUCCGGUAUCGGGUUUGCGGUCGCCAAACAAGCUCUCGCAGAUGGCGCAAAUAUAACCAUCGCAUCAUCGUCUGAAGAAAGAGUAUCUAAGGCUGUUGAUAAUCUUCGCAAGGGAAACCUGGCCCGAAAGUCCGCAGUGCGCAGCUAUGUUGCCGAUCUCUCCGUCAAAGACAAAUUGUAUGCAACCAUCGAAGAUCUGCUCAAAUAUACUGCUGAGAUCUCGCCCAUUGACCACAUUGUUUUCACGGCUGGAAACGUUCCCCCGAUGGUUCCUCUGGCAGAGGCUUCUCUCAGUGACUUUGACGCAUACCUAACUGUUCGCUUCUUCGGCGCGAUGGCGGUGGGAAAAUAUGCGCCCAAGUAUAUGGUCUCGCAUAAGAGUUCGUCCAUUACUUUGACUACCGGGACUCAAAGCAAGAAGCCAUCGGUCUGGUUGGCGCCGGCUGUUGCGGGCUCGAUAGAAGGAUUGAUGAAGGGUCUAGCCAUUACGUUAGGACCAAUUCGUGUCAAUGCUGUCUCGCCGGGCUGCAUAUUGACGGAGUUGGCUGAUCGACUACCAAAGGAGAUGAAAGAGGGGAUGAUUGAGAAAUACACACAGCAGUCUCUUACGAACGAUAUUGGGUAUCCAGAGGACACGGCCGAGGCGUACUUGUACCUCAUGAAGGACUACUUUGCGACCGGGUCAACAGUGGCUACAAACGGAGGGGCUUGGCUGGUUUAA